UUGGUUCAGAUCUCCUGUGCCAAAAAUCCGUGCAGCGUGGUGCGAGUGCAUUUUUUUGGGGGAUUUUUUUGCACGAUUCUAGGACUACCUCGGCGGUCCUGACGAUACCGUCGCGUCUCGUCUCUUGAUCGCCACGUGCUGUUGUCUACUACACACUCACCGAGACAUCAGGUGUUAGUGAAUGGGACUUAUAUAGUAAAGGUUCGGACAGAAUAACAGCGAAAAGUGAACGCUUGAAGAACGAAAAACAGUGGAUUGUGAUGGAUUUCUGCUGGGUCCGCUGAUUUUGCAAAUCCAAAAGGACUGCUAGAAAGGCAUAUCACAGAAACGGUGUUUUAUUUUAGGUCCACAGAAGCGUCUACUAACGCAGAUAUUUGCCGAGGUGAAUGAUUAAUGUAGUGGAAAGAAGUUAGGUGAGCUUUUUUCAUCUGACAUCCUGUGGUUGGCAUGAGAUUGUGGAUAAGGCGUAUGUGAAGAAAAUUUCGAUGAUCGUUAUGUUAGGUGGCUUUCUGUGCGGCCAGGAGUUGGAGUGUGUUAUUGUCACAACAGGAAGGAAUACAAUUGUUUAAAUAUUUACGUGUGAAAGAAGACUUGAAACUGAUGCAUUAUUAAUUCAACUAGAUGAAGCUUAAAGAAUCUAAUAUAAAACCUAACCCGAAGCAGCGGAGAACGUUUACUGUCGGUAUGCUGGCAAGGCUAACCUGAUCGAGAAAAAUUGUUGAUGAAGCCUGUAAACUGUGAGAAAUUUGCACAGCUACCAGCAGAGUGACAGACUGCUGGCGCCCAUCAAACCACAUCGAAUAAAGAAUAGAAGCAAACUUCUAACAUUUGGGACGGUGGAAAGUUCUGAGCGGUCAGUAAAAUCACGUUGCCGAAAAAUUUUUAACCAACGAAUGGCGACGAGUUUAAGGGUAUAUCUGAACUGUGAGGAACUGGUUCCCUAAUCAGUAGAAAAGUUUUAUUCUAUUUGCGAGUGUUCUCUAGUCUGAUAACUGCUGGAUUGAAAAAAAAAAAAGAGAAAGAAUUACAGAUAAUCCUCUGUCUGAUGAUUUAAAUCCGAUAUUCAUGCAUGAAUGGUGUUCGAUGUUGUUUCUAGGACACUAUACAAUAGGAUAUUUCCCCAGCAGUGAAUUCAAAAUAACAAUGAAUGGAAAUGUCACUAGCAGCAGAAUAGUAAAAAUUGGAAACUGAUACCAUCAGCCCGAAUCGAUCGCAGCAUCCGUGAAAAACAGAAUUUCGGAAGUGUAUUGAUUUUGUUCUGCUGCACUAGACCUCUCUCUCUUUCCGAAAGUUGUGUAAUUGAUGUGGAUUUUACGGGAGCGUGGCAUACGAGCGGCAACUAGGAAACUAAGUGAAAUCCGAACCCAGUGUAAUUUAUUCGCAAAUUGAUGGGACACCGCUUUUCUGACCGCUUGCGAUGCUCGGUGAUAGUUCUGCGGAUGAGAAAUUUGUUUGCAACGGUUGCUGGAAAUGACCGUAACAAUUUUCGUUUAAUCCGGAAGUGAAUUGACAUUGAGUGGUGUACAGACCAAACUGAUGAGAAUCGUGACUUUCAGUCAACCCACCUAGAGUGCUUUUUGGCUGGUGCUUUUGUGAGUUGACAGUGACAUGAUGGGUGAAGCACAGUCGACAUGGAUCCACAGUCACUCGGGGCAGCGCGGCGCAGUUCUUGUAUGAGCAGACCGAUUCACCAGUUGGCGUUUGCUGAUCCGGCUAGCAACAGCAGCAGCAGGCGACGCGCACGAUGGUGCUCUACGAGAGAACAACGGUCGACAGUUUCCUGUCACGGUACACUGCCGUCACGGCAUUACCGGGCACCGGGACGACGGGCACAAUCGAUGAUCUGUUCUACAACUUCACCCCGACGGCGGUGGCGAGUACGGUCACCGCCGGGAACGAAACGGACAACGGAGAGGAUACCGAACCGACCUACUCGUUGCUGCAAAUCAUCGUACUCGGCAUAAUUGCGACCGUGCUGAGUAUUCUGACGGUGGCCGGUAACGUGAUGGUGAUGAUUUCGUUCAAGAUCGACAAACAGCUACAAACAAUCAGCAACUAUUUUUUGUUCUCGCUUGCCAUUGCGGAUUUCGCGAUCGGACUGAUUUCGAUGCCAUUGUUUUCGGUAACGACGCUGCUAGGCUACUGGCCCUUGGGGCCCCACAUAUGUGACACGUGGCUGGCCCUGGACUAUCUGGCGUCUAAUGCGUCCGUGCUGAAUCUGCUCAUCAUUAGCUUUGAUAGAUACUUUAGCGUAACUAGGCCUCUAACAUAUCGAGCGAAGCGUACAACGACUCGAGCCGCGAUCAUGAUCGGUGCCGCGUGGGGUAUCAGCUUACUCCUGUGGCCACCGUGGAUCUACAGUUGGCCCUACAUCGAGGGCAAACGGACGGUGCCAGAGAAGGAGUGCUACAUUCAGUUUAUCGAGACCAAUCAUUACAUUACUUUUGGAACGGCAAUUGCGGCCUUCUACGUACCGGUGACGGUCAUGUGUUUCCUCUACUAUCGAAUAUGGCGGGAAACGAAGAAACGACAGAAGGACUUGAAGAACCUUACCGGCGAUCGGAAAAAGGAUUCCUCCAAGCGGUCCAAUUCGAGUGAUGAAAAUACGGCGAUCAAUCACUCGAGCGCGAUAGCGCAACUGACCAAUGCCGAUCCGGACGGCUGGCGAAGGCCACGAAGUGAAUCGUCGGUUGAUGCGGAAAGUGUCUACAUGACUAAUGCGGUGAUUUCGGAUUCAGGCUACGGCCACGGGAUGCUUUCGCGGCGUUCUAGUAUCACCACCAAUGGAUUGCCGAGAAAACCAACGACAUUUUACGGUGGCAUCAAGGAGUGGUGUAUCGCGUGGUGGCACUCGGGCCGAGAAGAUUCCGAGGAAUAUGGGUACGAAGCCGAAGAACCGUCGGACCUAGGGUAUGCAACACCUGUAUCCAUAGAAACUCCCUUACCAAGCUCAGUUACCAGAUGUACAUCGCUGAACGUCAUCCGCGAUCCAUAUGCGACAACGGCUCGGGGAAACGUUGUGAGUAUGAUACCGGACAUCUCUCCGACGCCGAUGCGACCCGCAUUGCCACCAAUGUCCCACCUGCAGGACAUGCAUGGACCAAGAGAUUCACGCUCACUACCCAACAGCAAUCGACUCGGUUCCCGUUCGGUAAGCCAAGAUUCUGUAUAUACGAUCCUGAUUCGGUUGCCACCGGAGGGUGGAUCCGGUGAAGAGCGGGCACCAUCAAUAAAAAUGAUUCAGGAUGAUGUGCCAAUGUCGAUGACGGUUCCGCCGAGACGACCACUGCCAUCCCGCGAUUCGGACUACAUUCUCCCGCUCGGGAGAAGACAAUCGACGGCGACGACAGACAUUCGGCUCCCGCUGACGACCAAAAUCAUUCCGAAACCCCUGUCCAAGCAGCAGCAAAUUCAUCAGGCCAACAUCCUGCAGACGGCCCGACAGGUGAAGAAGAAGAAAAAAUCUCAGGAAAAGCGCCAGGAAACCAAAGCGGCCAAAACACUGUCGGCUAUUCUGCUCAGUUUCAUCAUCACUUGGACGCCGUACAACAUUCUGGUGCUGUUGAAACCACUGACAGCCUGCACCAAGUGCAUACCCCAGGAAUUGUGGGAUUUUUUCUAUGCCUUGUGUUACAUCAACUCGACCAUCAACCCGGUAUGCUACGCGUUGUGUAAUGCGUCCUUUCGGCGGACGUACGUGCGCAUCCUGACGUGCAAGUGGCACACCCGCAACCGGGAAGCGAUGACACGGGGUGUUUAUAACUAAGCUGGUCAACGCCCACGGUAGGUUAGUGUGCGUGUGGGUAAGGAUUUGCUUGCCCAUUUAACUUGAUUUAUGAAUAGGGGAUGUACAGUGUAGAACAUUUACGAAGAAUAAUUUAAAUUAUUUUGGCUUUGACAUCAUAUAACUCGUCGACAACCUGCUCUAGUGGAUGUCACCUUGAUUCUAAUACCGAUUUCACUGUUGAGGGCUCUACGUGGUGGUUGAAGACUUUUCGACUUUCAAUCAACGAAUUAGCAAUACCGCAGAAAAAAAUAGUUCGAUAAUUUUUCAAUAUUGGCCAAAGCCUUGGUAUUCCUGUAGUGGAUUAUGACCUUCUAUUUCAACAGGCUUCGCAGCCGAUUCAGAAUGGUCAGAACCAUUGCAUGGCUGGUGGUGCUACGACUCUACUGACACUACGAAUCCUUCCAGGUCGGGGCUCGAGCAUACGACAACUGGUUUGAAAGACCAGUGCCUUAUGCAUUGAAUUGCCAACACGGGACGAUAUUGCUGUUAUAGCGAAGCCAAAACUCGAAGAGAAUGCACCAAUUUUCAUCUAACCCACAGAUAAAAGAUAUACAGGCUCGAACAAAAAUGUUCAAAAUCUCGUGUAAAUUUUUGAUUUGCUAUACGUUAGAAACACUACUGCAACCUACUCGAUUGUUCGCCGCGAGCUUUCAAAACGUUCCAGAACGAUAACAAAAUUCUUCUACCUGUUAUAGAAAUAUUCCAACUGCAACCAUUUAAACACUUCUCACGCGAUUUCUCUGAGAGUAUAAGACAAAAAUAUUUCGAUGUCGUUCGAAUAACACGUGAACCAAUCGGAAGAAAACAAAACCAACAGCAGAACAACAAUUUUCGCGUGAAGUGAAUGUAGCACAAAAAAAUGUAUCGUGAUGCGAAUGCUGCACCUAAAAUAGUGUCGAUCGUGGUGACAUCUGCAAGUGUUCGCCACGCCCGAAUAAAAAAUAUUGUGAAAAAACAAUACGAUUUGCUGUUACAAAACCUGCCCCAACUAUGCUUUGACCGUUGAAAAAUAUUUUAAUGUAUUGUUAUACACAAUUCAAUUAAUUGUGAAAAUGCUUUUUACAAUAGAAUGUAUGGGUUGUUAAAUAUCGUAACAAUUCAAAUCAUAAAGUUUUCUCAUAUAUGUUUUCUUGGAAAACAAUAAAAUGUACAGUUUGCAUUUUGUUUGAAACAGCACGUGUACAAUAAAUUCAAUUGUAGAAUCGUAGAAACAAUAUAUUGAAUCGUUGAAAAUGAAAAUUUUUUUGUCAAGAUACAAUAAAAUGUAUUGUAACCCAUAUUUCUAAUUGUGAAUCAAUUGUUUAUACUGUACAAUCAAUGGUUUAUUUUUUUACGGGCGUGCUUGAGCAAAUUUUACACACAGUUCAUAUGCGAGCCUGUAUGUUUGUUUUCUGUGUCUUACCAUAAAGGUCCAUCGAUCGAACAGAGACAGCAAAUUUCACUCCAAGUAAUGGUUCUGGAGCUGAGAUGAUGCCGUUACUCUAACUGAUGCUCUGGGCUGAUCAUUAGGAAUUUUAGUUAGCGAUCUGUUUUUGAAAGAAAAGAAAAAAUUCACACCGCAGAGAUUGGCAAUUAGGGGAAAAUUAGCGCCGGGUGUUGUACCAGUGAAAAAGUUUUUCGUUUUCUUUGGAUUGCGUUCCAUUUUUUUUCAUUAAAAAGUUUUAGACGGAGAAUUUUUCUCGACAAAAAAUGAAAUCAUAAUCAUUUUCUUUUUCUCUCAAGGUGAAGAUAACUUGUUGAUAAAAUGGUGCAAAUGGGCAACUAUUCAUUCGUGCUUUUCAUCAUCGGAAACAGAUUGAACUGUACAUAGAAUGUUCAAUAUGUGAAAACUAACAGUAACGGCACAGUUUGAGAAUGAGGUUGUCAACCAGCAGCGGGUUUGGAUUUAAUUACGAAAGGGGUUUCCCAUCUGGUUUCCGCAGCUGUUGUGGAAAGGACUCAUGGAUCAGGGAAGCCAGGUCAUUUUUCCAAAAAUCUGUGAUCAAGCCAAAAACCUGUCUGUGAAAAUUUGUGCACGUUUCCCGUACCAUAAUAGCUGAUCAGAAUCAUUUUGGUGACCAAAAAAAAAAGGUCUCACUACCAAACCGCUCUGUACCUUUUUACUCAACCGCUCUGUACUUUUUGGUUCUAAACUGUAAUCGUUUUCAAAAAUCUGUGAUUAAUUUCAGAAUCUGUGAAAAUCUGUGAUCUUUUUCAGAAUUCUAUGAAAAUCUAUGCCAUUUUUAAAAUCUGUGCAGAAAGUUGAAAAUCUGUGAACACAGACUAAUGUGUGAACCUGGCGUCCCUACUCAUGGAUAUUGAAUGUAUUUAUGAAGUAGACCUUCCUGUGUCGGUUGACAAAUACUUCAUUAGAAUCUAAGACAAGACCUGACAACUGGCUUCUUAUUCUUCCUUACGAAUCAUCCUUCUCGUCAUUUUCGCACCGGUGGAAUAAAUACCAACGUAUCGGCUACAGUGUAGCCAUAUUUACAGAUUUUUUAAUAACUUUAUGCUAAGAAAGAAAUAUUUAUUAAAUUUAAAUUUUUAGACUCGGUUUUUGAUAUGAAAUAAACAUGAAAUAUGUUUUGGAGAAUGUUUUUUUUUGUAUUUAUUAAUGCUAGAAACAAUUAAUUGUUGACAAAACACGAUAUAUCUCAUGUUGAACGCGAAAUCGAAUCCAUUGUUGACGUAUUACCGGAUCUUUUGGAAACCGGAAAAAGUCAAGUUUGGAUAGAAAUGCUUAGUGUGACCACAGUGUGGAACACAACAGUUCGUUCUUAUCGUAAAACUAAACACACUUUCGAGUUUACACUAAUUUAACAAAUCGUUUUUGGUUACACUUUAACUCACUAAAAAGAAAAACGGCUUGAUGCUGAUUUUAAUUACACAGUGCUGCCACUAUAAACAUUUAUUACAAAUAAGAUUGAAAAAAAGUGAAACAUUCUCUAAAAAUUUUCAUUUUCAUUGGUGAGUUAAAAUUAUACAUUUUAAUAAACUUGUUUUCUGAUUUUCUUUAUACUUGGCAUCAUUGCUCGCGUACCCUGCAAAAGUUUUUUCUUUUCACAAUGUGCGAGUAGCAACAUCAAAAUCAGCCAAUCAGAAACUGGUCCAUUUUGAAACAAAAGCAACCACCCUCCCCCCCCUCCUUUGUCAGCUCUUGUCUUAGAUUAGAAUGAGCAGUGCAAUUUUGCUCUUUUUAGGUACUAUUUAAGAUGGGGAAUUGCCAAAUCUAAUUUUGACUGCAAUUUUCACGCGAAGUAAAGUAUGGCGGAUGGAGCCGCAUUCCGUAGGAGGAAAAUUUUCCUCCCAGUAAUAUAUCAUCUUACACAUUGUUGCUGUUUCUUUUUUUCUGCUUGUUGGAAUAUGUUAAACUGAAGCUGCGGCAGAAACUAAAUAUUUAACCAAGUCGUAACAAAAAUUAAGCGGUUCACUUCGUACCAUAAACAACUGGAAAGGCAAUUUAUCCAUAUUAACGAACUGCGGUCGAUACUAACUUCAUAUUAGUUAGCACCAUCCGCUGUCGCUCUUCGGCUAAUAGGAGACCAAGUCGGUGCCGGUUGGUAUACUAUAAGUUGAAAAGGUCAAGUUAAUGAAAGAAGAAUAAGAGUGAACUAGAAAUGAAGAAAUAGUACCGUGCACGAUAAAGAACCAUUUCAGUAGGCAGAGAAAAUCUGAAAUCUCUUUUCCUUCUUUCGUCACUCGUUUACCGGCAACCGUAUGGUUGUCCUGUGUCGGCUACAUGCUGUUGGUGUUUCCGCGCGAUUGGAGGAAUCAACUGUUGGAAGAACGUUGUGGGUUGUUCCACUCUUCUAGUGGUAUUAUAAAUUCACAAAAUUUUCGAAACUCGUGAAUAAUCCAUAAAUGAUGUUUGUUGCCAGCACUGUUGAAAAAGUAACAUUUUUGUUUUGUUUGGUUGAGGCCUCUGCGGGCCAGAAAAAACUUUCUGACCCUAUGUGCAGGGUUGGGAAUCGAACCCAGGCGGGCUACCUGAAAGACAUCGAUUUACCCAUCACGCUAUAUCACGAACCGUUGGUCCGAUGAAUAUCCAAUAAAUCGUACAACGGGAGGCCGACACGGGACUUUCGUUUGCCGAUUUCGAAACAGACCAUUAGCGGCCCUUACACGAGUCAUUAAAAAUGUCAUUACUAAAAAAUAAUAUCAUUUUAAUGAACGUGUAAUGGUGCACUAAUGACGAAAUUUCUAACAAACUUGAAAUAUAUCAUUAGUUACUCAUCAUUUAAAAUGACAUUUUUAAUGCUCGUGUAAGGGCCGCUAUUGAACCGAGGUGAUAACCCAAAUUCAUGGGUAUUUUCCAAUCAAAGCGGUCAAACAAUCAAUCUCUUUUUUUCAAUCCAUUUAAACCAAGUUGUGCUUCUCUAUUGUUUUCAUCUUUGCGGAAAUAAUCGCCCGCCAGAGGGCCGGAUGAAACGCAGUAGCAGAGUUGCCAACUUAUAUAGCAUAUGUGAUGCUCAUGUGAGACGAAAAUUUAAAAAAAUCUGAUCUGUUGUAACUGUAGAUAUCUGCGAUUUAUAACAAAAUAAUUUGGAUGUCGAAUAGAUUUAAAAAUCAGUAGCUUGUUCGUGCCAAAUUACGAGUUGUUGUUCUUUUGUACCUCAGUCUAAUCGUUACUGUUUGAACAAAUAAAUCAAUAACUUCUCGUUCACUGCGAUAACAUCAGUACGUUAAGACAGUAUUCGAAGCUCUGGAACGAAACAUUUUUUUUUUAAUUCAACGAUAUAUUUAAUAAGGGACACUGCCUUAGAUUUACGAUGCCGAGGGUAUCGAAACAUCUUAUCUUGAUGGCGUCAUAAUGAAAAUGUGUUUGAAAAUUGCAAAAAAAAAAAAAAAACAAUAAGUCGUAUCAUAUUCAAUUAAAAAUGUGUGAAAAAAUAAUUCACACGUUUGACAACUCAGCAAAAUAUUUUUUGACCUAGUGCCGAAGUUCUACCACCCUACCACGUGCGUGAAGAUCAACUUCCCACUGACGCUAGGAAAUCAGAGAGCUAAUAGUACUUAAGAACACGUAACAGCGGGAAAAGCUUUUGCUGUUUGCUCCAGCCCUACAACUUCCUUUCGUUAUCUGUGUGCGAGUAAGUUCGAGGGAACAGUGCGAAUGACGGCAGGUUUUCCCGUUGCUGCUUCCUGUGACGUCUGGUUGCUAUUCCGGUUCAUUUUAUUUCAGAUAAGGCAAAAACAGAGGAAAACGACUCCAUCUGCUGAGGGCUAAAUUUCGGGUUCAAAUCCACUUGCACCUGAUGGAAAAAUACUUCCACAUCUAGCACAGUGCUGCCUUUCGGAAUGUGCAUUCAAGUGUAUAAGUAAAAUAUGCAGAGCAAUGAAGGUAACAUCGAAAUUGGAACACGGAUGGAAACGGAAUCGGUUUGGUCGGCACUGGAACUUGCAGCUGAAGUUGACGGCUGUUCGAAAUGCAAUCAUCGCUCGGGGCCAGUGGUGUCAGAGCAUAAAACUGAACAUAACAUUACCGUUCGUGAUAGGAAUUUAUUGUUGAGUACCGAUAAGGUGAUUGAAAUAAAUGGGAGUUAUGGGUUAAUAAGAUUUUUUGUGGGGAAUUCGAAAUUUUGUACCUUCAGUAAAUCGUUUUAUUAUACAUCUGCCAACAUUCUAUUUAAAGAGUAGUUUAAUAAACUAUUAUUGAUCGACUACUAGUUUUGACAGUUCAUGAAAGAUUAAAUUAUGCUUUCUUGUUUACUUUUAUGAGAGAAUUUUUUUAGAAAAUGUUCACGUUUUUUUUUAAUUCUUAUCGAGGUUUAAAAGAAACUAAAUUUUUAUUUUUCUUGAUGAUAGAAAUUUUUGGAUAGGUGAGCCAGUAACAUUGCAAAGAAAAUGUUCACCUUAAUGUAAUGGUAUUGAAGAAAUUAGAGUUUUGUAUUAGAUGACCAAUAAAUCUUCUGGGAAAAUUAUGUUGAAAUACCUGGCCCAUGAGAAAACCAAAACUGAUCGAAUUUGGAAUGUUUUGAUGGUAAUUUGUUCUGAAAAAACACACGUUUCUUUUUUAAAACAAAAAGCAAAUUAAUUUUUUUCGUGAGUAUCGACAAUCUGACAUGAAAAAUUAGAAUAUCCAAUUAGAAAGAAUUUUAAAAUUCCCGUUUCUUUAAUCAAUUUGCCCUCGAUAAUCACCCGAAAACUGUUAAACUGGCUUUGAAUUUGAAGACCAAAAAUGUUAACUCCAACAGAGCGAUAGACUCGAAAUUGUGUGGAAAUUGUUCCUCGAGAAAUAUAUUACUCUUGCUAUUAGCUAGCUUCAACGACUGUUUGUCUGAAAUAUAUUAUAUAAAAUAUAUUGAACGUUCUAUCGAUUACAAUAAAGAUUUCAUCAAUUUUCCUAAUAUCUUGUGUUUUUAGAAAAUCACCCUUGAUAAUGGUAACUCAUUCGUGCAACAUCGCAUCCAAUGGUGGUUUUUAACGAGUUUUCCACAGGUUCUUGAAAAGGUUUGUAUAAGCUUGAAGCUGAGCCCUAAUUUCAGAAUGAAAUAGAAGGCGAUAUAGAUCAAAUGAACACGAUAACGCUUUGUGUAGUGCUUCAAACUUUAUGCGAAGCCAAAACUUGAGAAUUUCUCAUCGUUGGAUUCCAUGAAUAUAUCGAAUCAUUGUUUGUAAUGAAAUGGCAUCCGAUUAGAACGUUCUGCAAACUUUGAUUCAAUGUCUUGUACUUACAUAUAAAAUUCUUGAAUAUUUUUUAAAAUAUGACUUCCGGGUUCCGGAAUUACAAUGUUACAUUAUGUGAAUUAACUUUUCUCGGAGACAUUUCACAAAUUAGUAUUCAAAUAAGAGGUCUUGAGACGCCAAAGAAAAUUCAUAUUGAUUCAUUCGAUUUUCGGUUCCGGAAUUACAAGGUAAUUUGAGUAAAAAAUUCAAACUCAAACUACUUACUCCUUUUCCUCAGCGUGACCGAAUUAAAAGGUAUUUAGACGCCAUUGAUAUUUUCUGAGUUUCAUAAUAAUCUGACUUCUGGUUUCGGAAUUACUGGGUUAUUAGUGUAAUAAUUUCAAUUUCAAAUUAUGAGUUUGUAGUUUAUUAGUGGAAUAUUGCGUCAUUAAAAAAGUUAAGUAAAGGGUGAUUUUUUAAGAGGUAUUGAAUUUGAUUUUCAAAAAAACACAAAAGUUUGAGAAAAUUGAUGAAAUUGGUAUUGGAAUCUAUAGAACGAUCUAUAUAAUUUAAGGUUCGUAGAUGAUAUCAUGCAAAUGUUGGCCACGGCUCCGCUUUAGAUGACCCAUGCGCAAGGUUCAAUUUUGGAACACACUCUCUCUCCAACAUAUCGGCCGGUAUUUCACGAAAAAUACCACCGGCCCAUAGUCUACAACAAACAGUGACUUUUUGGGUUGCAUUGAUAGCUCUUGCAAUGUUUCUGGCUGGUAUUCACUCCAGAUGCGGCAAUUUUGCUUGUUUGCGUAUCCAUUCGACGAGAAAUGAGCUUCGUGACUAAACACAAUUGUUUGAUAAAAAAGUGGAUAUUCCUCCAACUUUGCCAGCGCCUAUUCAUGAUUAAAUUAUAAAUCAAACGACGAUCCAUGAUUAAAUUAUAGACCGAACUGGGCAAGUUUGACAUUGACAUGAGACACGAUUCACGUGUGAUCUGUCAAAAACAGUGUUGGCAAAAGGAUAUCAGCAAAAAAAUCACCCUUUAGUUAUGAAUUGUACCGUUUGUAGAAUUACGUCACCUGCAAAAUUCAUAAAUUUUGUCUGUGUAAGAUCUCGGUUUUAGGUUACUAUUCGAGAGAUCAGAUUGUAAUAACCAUUUUCUAGCAAGAGACGUCAUUUUUUGUGUGGGAUCGCGUAUCUUGUUUUGGUUGUUUGUCUGUAGCUGCUGUGUUGAAGUGAGAAACAGAGAUGUCCAUCUUCACCGAGUGAGAAACAGAGAUGUCCAUCUUCACCGAAGUGUGCAAGCCGGUGGGCACUCUGAUGUACGGUUCGCAUAAGAGAAGCGUGGGGCACCCAUAUUCGGCAAAAAUAUAAUUUAUCGUUGAAAUUUAGUUUUUUCCUUGCUGCGAAGAAGAUUGCUAUAGCAAGGCCAGCACUACCUUCUAUAAAUUAAAAAAAAAGCGGGUGGGUAAUGUCAGAGACAUAACUGGAUGUCGUGAGUACCAAUAAAAUUGGCACGCUUCCGAAUAUCAGUUAGUUGAUCGAUUGUGUGAAUUGGGCAAGCAUUCCCCUUUUUCACUACUAGAAUUUGAAUAGAUGCACCUACACCAAAGUACAGAUAAGUUACUUCAAACAUUCUGACACACAAUUAAAUAUUACGAUGAACCUUUUCUGAAGGCGUAAGAAAAAACCUUUCCUGGAACGUUGUAGAGUAACGAGUUGAAUUCGAAUUCUGAUGGAUGCCGCUGACUUCCGUCAUCUAUUUCCAAGCUGACCUGUAGUCCGUGGAUGAGAUAUUGAUAUGGUUGGCGUAGGUAUAGCGUUCACAACCGACUAUAAUCUUUCAAUGAAGAAAACAUUAAUUCGCUGAGUUGAUCAAUAAUACAAUAGGUCUAUGGUCUGAAAAGUUUGAAAUAUAUCUACGGCUUUUUACAUUGACAUUUCUUGCAGUUAUGAGAUGAAUACAUGUGCCUCAAAGCAUAGUAGCUUGUGAAGGAGCAGAUUUCAUAACCAACUUCAUAUACUUUGCUCAUGAAAUAAAUGAGCUCAAUAUUACCUUAUUUUGAAGCAUCUAUAUUUAAAUCCCCCACAUCGACGUAUUUUAGCGAAAAUAUAAAAAUGAAAUAUACAGGGUCCGGCACUCGAAGUGUAACCAAUUAAAAAGGCCAUAAAUUCAGUUUGGAAAAUUACUUUUACUUAAUUCAAAGUACAAAAUGUGUAAAAAUAAUACAAAAUUCAGAAUCAAUUCACUUUUGCUCGAUAUGACCACCUUUUGCCUUGACUUGAUGACUUGAGAGAGCGAAGGAGUUGCUUCGUUUGGCCGAAAGUGGUCAAUUUCCGAACAUUGUAUUUUCUGACGAGAAAUUUAUUCCAAUUGAGCAAUUUGUAAACUCUCGAAACGAUAGGGUUUACUUGACCGACAGUUCAUACGAGAAUUUGAGUUAUCGAUUGGCCACCAGGAGGCAGCACCCGCAACAGAUAAUGGUUUGGGCCGCUGUAACCGCAGAUGGGCGCUCUCCAAUCGUUUUCAUCGAGCCUGGCGUCAAGGUAAAUGCGACAUAUUAUCGGGAAAGUAUUUUGGAGGUUGCUUUGAAGCCGUGGGCAGACAAACAUCUCGGUGGCAGACCAUGGACGUUUCAGCAGGACUCGGCACCGUCUCACAAAGCUCGAGUGAACCAAGAAUGGCUGAAAAACAACGUUCCGAACUUCAUCACGUCCAUACAAUGGCUCUCGAAUUCACCAGAUGCGAAUCCAAUGGAUUAUUCUCUUUGGGCCAUUUUGGAGAGCAAAGUCCGAACUAAAAGAUACACCAGUCUCGAGGCGCUGAAAAAAGUUAUUGUCCGCGAGUGGGCCAAAAUACCUGCAAGUCACAUUCGGCCAAACGAAACAACUCCUUCGCUCUCUCAAGUCAUCAAGUCAAGGCAAAAGGUGGUCAUAUCGAGCAAAAGUGAAUUGAUUCUGAAUUUUGUAUUAUUUUUACACAUUUUGUACUUUGAAUUAAGUAAAAGUAAUUUUCCAAACUGAAUUUAUGGCCUUUUUAAUUGGUUACACUUCGAGUGCCGGACCCUGUAUUCAGAAAAACACUUUUUAGAAAAAUGUGGACUUACAAUGAAUUCCGACUCAAAUUCCGGACAACUUAAUUGAGCAGCGCUCCCAUGAUUAUUCACUGGCAGGCUUUUGGUGUGUGCCCGGCGGCGACUGCGACUUCUUCGGCACAAUUCUGCUGUUUGGUGCUCGCUUCAUUCCAAUAGCGCGAGGUCUUCCAGAUUGCUCAGAAAAUGAUGGAAAAAGUGGAAUGUUCAACAUUUAUACCAAUGCAGUUGUACGGCAGCAGAUAUUUUGUUCUCUUCCUCAGAAUGCGUUCUGUUUGGCUGGUGCUGACUUAGUUCAAAUCAGACAGGGGUUUCAAUAGUGUACUAUUGAAUGUACUAUAACACUUCAAUGUGGUUUUAAUACACGUUCAAGUUGAAAAAUUUCGAAUCUAUUGGUAGUUAGAUUAUAUAAGUCCUUCUACAGAUCGCUGACCUAUGAACUUUCAAAAUACGAGAAAAGAAAACACGCGUCAUGAGUUUUUCUCUUUGAUACUCGUUGGUACCAAACAUUUCAGAAAAGCUUAAUUUUGAAUUAUUUGAGAUUAUGUCAUACAACUGACAAUUUUAUCAUAAAAUUAUGAUUAUAUUUCCGAAGGCACGUAGCAAAAAUUAUGUUGAUACGUUAGAUACAAGAAGAGAUAUUCACGAUCAGAAACUUAUCACUCUCUCAGAGGGUAAAUAUAGAAAAGGCGCCCAUAGUAAAGUAAGUCGUACUCACGACAAAAUUAAUUCACAGAAGUGUUCGCUCACUAGUACGCACCAGAGCGAUUCAUGCGAAAAGAAUAUGUUUUACUCGCACCUGCUUCUUUAACCACAAGCACACACUUAAAUUCUGUCUAUUCGACACUGAGAAGAAGUGCGUUUCCCUUUUUGUGCGCUGUUCGUCGGCGGUCUCCCCAGUGUUGAAAUGGAACUUACUCGAUGGUGUAUCACUGUAGUGAAUUUUUGGUUUAUGUGCACAUAAAGUGUUAUUCAGCAAAUGAGUAGAUUUUAACCAAACAUCAUUUCCAGUCGAAACACUCAAAUUAGAGUUUUUCUGCACUUGAGUGCAAUCGUUUUCAUUCUUGAGUAUAUUGAGAUCUGAUGUUUCUGCUCCAAAUGUAUUGUGUUUUUAUGCAACACUGGAAAUUUACGUGUAGUCCUUAUAUAAAGGGUGAUUUUUUAAGAGCUUGAGAACUUUUUUAAACAAUAAAACGCAUAAAAUUUGCAAAAUCUCAUCGGUUCUUUAUUUUAAACGUUAGAUUGGUACAUGACAUUUACUUUUUGAAGAUAAUUUCAUUUAAAUGUUGACCGCGGCUGCGUCUUAGGUGGUCCAUUCGGAAAAUCCGCUUUUUUAUCGACAAAUUUUGUUCAGCGAUGAGGCUCAUUUCUGGUUGAAUGGCUACGUAAAUAAGCAAAAUUGCCGCAUUUGGAGUGAAGAGCAACCAGAAGCCGUUCAAGAACUGCCCAUGCAUCCCGAAAAAUGCACUGUUUGGUGUGGUUUGUACGCUGGUGGAAUCAUUGGACCGUAUUUUUUCAAAGAUGCUGUUGGACGCAACGUUACAGUGAAUGGCGAUCGCUAUCGUUCGAUGCUAACAAACUUUUUGUUGCCAAAAAUGGAAGAACUGAACUUGGUUGACAUGUGGUUUCAACAAGAUGGCGCUACAUGCCACACAGCUCGCGAUUCUAUGGCCAUUUUGAGGGAAAACUUCGGAGAACAAUUCAUCUCAAGAAAUGGACCGGUAAGUUGGCCACCAAGAUCAUGCGAUUUGACGCCUUUAGACUAUUUUUUGUGGGGCUACGUCAAGUCUAAAGUCUACAGAAAUAAGCCAGUAACUAUUCCAGCUUUGGAAGACAACAUUUCCGAAGAAAUUCGGGCUAUUCCGGCCGAAAUGCUCGAAAAAGUUGCCCAAAAUUGGACUUUCCGAAUGGACCACCUAAGACGCAGCCGCGGUCAACAUUUAAAUGAAAUUAUCUUCAAAAAGUAAAUGUCAUGUACCAAUCUAACGUUUAAAAUAAAGAACCGAUGAGAUUUUGCAAAUUUUAUGCGUUUUAUUGUUUAAAAAAGUUCUCAAGCUCUUAAAAAAUCACCCUUUAUAAAUAUGUAUUGUUUGGGUAGCUUCAUCCAGCCUGAAUAUUGAUACAAAUAUAAUUCGACGUCAACAUUUCAUAAGGUCACAUAAACCAAUGAAAGUUUCCCGUUGUUUACUUUCUCUUUUGUUAAUAUCUCGUUAAUUUUCACGUGUACUUACAAAAUAUUCAUGUCGAAUGAAAGACAAUAUUGCCAUGUUUCUAACAAUACCAAAUAUGUAGCGAACGUUUGAAUAAUAACGCAGAUAUAGUCGAAAGAGAAAGUAAACAAAGAGAAAAUCUCAAUUGUUUUAGGCCCUUUUGAAAUGUUGACGUCGGAUUUAAGAUUUUCGGGUGAAUUUCUUUCUAAAACAUGACGCUGACAAAAAUACAACAAAGGCAUCACUGAAGUACAAGUGGCAUCAAUAAUCAAUAUUGCGUUUUCUAUGUAAAUUCUAUUGUACUCUAUCUUCGGUAAUAUGCAAUUCCUAAGUUGUGCCGAUUGAAGUAGCCGAAGGACUUGAAAGUUAGUUUUGGUUAUUUUAGUUGUUUCAAUAAAAAAACCGAGCAGUAAAAGUUCCUAUAAAUGUAUCCGUAUGAUUACUGUUUAUAUUUGCCUCGUCCUUUUUCGUUGUGUGGAAAGCUUUAAAAGAGUUCGGUACUCUUUACCAUAUGGAUACCCAAACAGAACCAUUUUGUUCCAUUUAUUUCGCUGAAUAGUCCUAACCAAACAUCCAACAAUUCAAUGAUGGCCCUGAACUUUUUUCAACCAAGCCAAAUGUGACUUCCGAAGAUAUACCGCUUCUACUGGAACAGGUACUCUCGCCCAGCCAUUAGAUUGCUUAUGACAAAGCCACAUCAGACCAAUGAUGGAUAUUGCAGUCGGUUGUGGUGAACGAAUUAAGCUUCCAUAAACCAAAUAUAUUGAAUCCGCAGAGAGCGGAUGGUCUACGUUAAACAUUUUCCGGCUGCUCUGCCCGUGUGCUGUGGUUAAUAGAUAUUAAUGACAUCGAUCCCGGUAGAUCACAAUGUGGUACGGCAGGGAUUAAUGGGGUGUGCGCUGUGGGGAAGUUUACGUGAAUGGAAUGGUCUGGUCCCGGUUCGUAUCAGUUGCUUGUGUCACGCAGGUGUGCUCCGAUGACAUGUUCCAUGCUAAGAUGCAAUGCCAUAUGUCGAAAUAAUCGUUCUACAGCAAGGUGUUGGGAUGUUGUCAAGCGUUCGAAUCGUCAAACCAUGAUGUUCAGGUGGCACACUGUGAAAUGCAGUGUAGGUAGUGAUUGAAAGUAAAAAAUAAUUUUACGAAAUAACAGUUGAACAUCUUUCCAGGAAAUUCAUGGUAAAAAAAACAAAAAUAACUCAUUUUAACGAACCGUUUCCGGUGUCUUUUAUUUUUCUUGCCAUUGGCAUAAAACGCUCAAAUACGCGUGUCACGUUUCUGCAAGGGAUAAGUGCGAUUAGUGGGGUGCACGAUGCUGGCUAUUGAUUAGAUUUUUGUCUUCGAUGAACCCAACAUUGCGUGUUCUCGGUUCACCUUGGAAAAUUGUUGUCGUAUCGUUUACGAUGCCAGAGCAACCGGGCGGCUGGUUGAGGGGUCGAGCCGAGCAGAAAACUUUCCGAUUUCAGCACACGUGUUAAAUCAAUUUUCUCGGUUUGCUGCUCACACAAAGCAAUCAAGUUUCAUUCGACUGCAAAUGGUGUCAAAGCUGAAAUAAUCGAAAACUUUACUAGAAAGGAAACCAUGUAGUCGUGUAUGUUAAAAGUUAUUCCAGUAAAAUGAACACGGGAAAGAUCAAAUAAAUGGGCAAGCAGAUCCACGCAUCAAACUGAGUAAAAUAAGUUCAAUAGUGAGAGUCACGGUAACUUUUCUAGCACACAUUCUAGUAACAAUUUCCAAGUAAUUGACGAAGAAUCCACUUUUAUUACCAAUAUCAGUCAUCAGUGUAUAUGAUAGAUAAUGUAGUGAAUCUGAAAAAUAAUUCUAGAUUACUCAAAACAAACAACUACGGUAUACCCUGCAACCAAAUUAGGUAAUUAGACAAACAUAUAAAUGUACUAAAUUGAGCGUAUCGUUUUCUGUAGUGUAGGUUUUCAUCACACUGAUUUCACUGUUCUAGAUUUACGUAAUUUGAUUUAUGUAAACGUCAUUUCCACUUAACAAGGCGAUUGGUUGUUUUACGGCCUAAACACACAUUUCGAAUCAACUCAUGAAUUCAAUCGCCGGUCAUCUGCUCACUAUUUUUCAUAUGCUGUCUGUUUUUUUUGUAGAUGUGGUAGCAUUUUGCGUACUUAUUAUUUUUAAAUUUGCAUACUAAUUUUUAUCUGAUUUGCAUUGAAAUCGAGAGACAAUUUACUGAAUAAGCCGUAAAAAAUCUUCCGUACAUUCACCCCUACGGAAUUAUCCUACCAACUAAUUUGAAUCGGAAUUGAUCUUAUUUCUAUUGGCACAUUGUCGCAAAGCUGAUUUACCGGUAGCGACACCUGCCAAUGAAAAAUAAAAAACCGAUAAAAGGAGGAUUCAUUCGGAAAUUUUCAUAUCGGCAGUAGUGAUUUGCAACAUUUUUAUCGUUUAUUCAACAGUACAAAUAGAUAUCAGCAAUAAAAGUACACUCGGAGUAGAAGAACAUCGAUUUCAAAGUGAUACUACUUUUUUUAAUGUAAACUACAAUUAAACAUGGAAAAUCUUCAGAAAUGUGUGAAAUUGGGUAAGGUUAGGUUUUUUCGGAUCAACAUUUUUUUAAACAAAAACCUGUGUAAUGUUAAUUUCUCGAGUACUAGAAUGUAUUGCGAUCGAGUACUUUUUAUUUUGGAUACUUUAUUUGUUAUUUCCAGGCAUUUGAAAGUUGGUAUCAAACCAAGUCUAUUCUGAAUAAACGGUAGAUUUCGUACAAUGAACUAAGAUCAACAUUACCACCUCAGAGUAAAAACUUUUUCUUCAACUUCUACUAUGAUUUUUCAAAUGAAUUUGCCCGUUUUCAUAAGAAAUCGUUGAAAAGGUGGAGAAAUUAGAAAUUUGCCUACCGAUUUGACAGCUCUUGCUAAAAGUAUCAUCUCUAAACAAGCAGCGCCUCUACAUUUCAGUUUUGCGACAAUUAGGUUUUGCACGAUGACCAUUCGAAUGAACUACCGAUGAACUGCCAAUGAAUUAAGUUCAUCUUUUGACAGCUAUCAGUGGUUUGUUUACAUAUCUAUUAGUACGUAUUCAAAUUAGACUGAUACGACACACCAAACUAAACUGCACAACUUUUAGAUUCUUCGAUUGUUGGCUUCUUGAAAUUUUGCGGAAAGAUUUGCAACCGAAAGCAAAAUAGUCUAACUGAUAGAUUCUGACAACAAAAGGAUUGGAUUUGUUAUUGGUUCAAAUGGAAUUCCUACUUGAACACAAUGACCUUGGUUUCUAAAUCUAAAUAAACAAACAAACAAACAUUAGUUAACAGUACAUCAAUACUAUGUGUCGUUUUUUCAUGACCACAGAUAGUGAAUGUAAGAAAAUUUAUAACCUUCUGUAAAAGAACGUGGAUCAAGUCAACGACGUCAACAAAAUAUACACCCAAACCUCCGUUUACGUAAACUUUUUUUACGUUACCACUUUUUACGUAACCCUUUUUACGAACAAAAUCCCAAAUAAUACUAUCUUUUUUCACGAAUCAAAUCCCAAAUAACGUAAACUUUUUUUACGUACCUACUUCGUAAAAAGAGGUUUUUGCAUACAAUGAAAAUCGCUUCCGUCUCAUUUAUAUUCCAUGGAAAUUACUACAAUAUGGGUAUUUGCGGAACGGGAUUGAUGAGUACAUGUUGGAAAACGAUGUUUGAAGCGGUACUGAAUUCCAAGAUGGCAACUUCCGGUUUAUCGAACCCUCGGCCUGAUCGAUGCUUCUUGUUUCGGACUACGUUUCGGUUGUUUCUGCUUUUUAUAGGUUCGAAGAUUCAAACGUUCUUUAUCACGAAGAACAUUUGACUUCAAAGUGCCCACUUUUUUGGACACAUCCCGAACUGAAACCUCCUUCUUUUGCUCGAACGCCUUCAGUAUACGUUUAUCCAACUGAGGGUUAGCAGGACCUUUUUUCGACCCGUUUUCGGUUUAUCCUCAAAGGUGUUAUCCUCACCGAACUUCCUGACUGCAUUUCGCACGGCUUUUUCACUUACUCCUUCCAUUUUUGCUAUCUUUCUCAGUGACAGUCCGCGUUCUGUGCACCAUUUGUACACAAUUUUUCGACGUUGUUCUGCUGAAAGUCCACGCAUUUCGAAACAAACUAAUGAAAACGAAUAAACAACUGGACCAGUGGUUAGAGAAGAGUGCAAACAACAGGACGCAGCCAUCAAAAUUGACAGAUUCUGAACCAUUGCGAAAUGGCAGCGGUUUUUGGUUGCGUCCAUACUUUCUGGAACAGUCCUUAUAUGUAACAUAGGGCAAGCUUUUUUUACGUUGGAAAUUUCAAAUAACGUAAACUUUUUUUACGUUGAAAAUGCCAAGUAACGCAGUUAGGUUUCGCACGACGCAAAUGAACUGGCAAUGAAUCAAAUUCUUCUGCGACAGCUAUCGGUGGUUUGUUUUUACUUGAAUGACAAGGAACACAAUUAGGUUUUUUACCGUCACUGCUAACCUCAAUCAAAUGAACGCAUUUUGACAAUUCAGCAGUACUGUUUGUAAACAUAGAUUUUUUUGUUUGUCUGUUGACAAAUUGGAUGAGACCAUUUACCUUCCAUAUCGCCUAAAUAGAGUUUUAAAACAUUUGUUUUCGAGAUUUAUUAUAUGAAAGUGACUAGAUGCAAAAUGUAAAAAUGUUUGUUUAAGAUGUGUUCUUCGAUUUUUGUUUAAGCUUGUUUGUAAACAGUACCGCUGAACUGUCAAGGAUGAACGCUUGUUCAUUCGUGACGUCACGAUAAAAAAUCUAAUGAAAUGAUACAAGAAUAACAUGGAACAGGAUGGAAUGAUACAGAAUAAACGUGUGAACAAACCUCUGAUAGCUGUCAAGCGAUGUUAUCCACACAGUUCGAUAAAAUCUUGCGAUUUUACAUUUUAUAAGAUGCACAUAAAUGAAGCAUCGUAUUUCACACAAAUUUUUAUUCAACAACAUGUAAAAUUGUGUGAUUUGAAAAUUAUAUUGCUUGAAUUCGAACGAAAUAAAAAACAAAAGAUCUCGUUAGCAGCAGCGCGACUUGAACCGAGAAACAUUAGAUCGCAAGCACAUUGGUUAUUCGACUGAACCACAGAGCUCAUAUCUGUUCAUUGAAUAAUUGAUACAUAUAAAUGCAUACAGCGGCACUUGGUUGCGGAGUGUAAAUUACAUUCGGAGCGUGUAAAAUUCCGUGCUAGUGGAAUAUUGUAAAACCCUGUAAAAUUCAUAACUUUUUUCUGUGUAGCUUAUUUUAUGACGUUAUGUCAUGUUCGUGCAAUAUUUUAUUAGGUUCAAAAAAUUUGUUGAAUGAACGUCAUUUGACUUUGUUUGCAUAUUAAUUCUAAUUUGCAUACGUGUUAUUGGAAAGUAAGUAAAGUAUCGAUGAAAUUAAAAUGAACUAAUGAAAUUGCUUGCGUUUUCCCCUUUUCAAGUAAUUCUAAUGAACCAAAAAGAUCGAAUGGCAUCACUCUCUGGAAUCUCUCAGGAACUUUAUCUAACACACUUGAAUCGAAGUGAAUUGAACAAUUAGAAAUUUUUAGAAAAAGUACUUUUUAUGUUCCACGAUAAAAUUUGUUGAGAACAUCAUAACCGUCAUGACGGCAUUGCUAGCUUAACGCAAUGGCGUCGUUGCCAAGGCUUCGUAAAAUUCAUGUUGCUAUUGUGACAAAAUCAUUUUUUAAACCAAAUUUCACAUUGAAAGGAAGCCCUCAUUCUGUGGUUCAUCGAUUUGACAGGUUUACUGGAAUUUAGGCUGGAAUUGCAAUUUUUGUGCAAGGACUCAUUAAACAUCGAGUUUUACCUUCAGUCAAUACUAAAACUAUCGAAUGCUUGGGAAUUGAAAUUGAAACUGGCCAUUCCAAUAUGCUGGUGAACAAAUCAAUUUUUUUUAAAGGCGAUUUGCGAAAACUCACAACAUAGAGUGAUAGAGAACCGUCAACACAGAACCUGUUCAGUGGAAUUGUGGGCAAAAGAACCGGAGUGGGAAAAUAUUUCAAUACCCUCUGGUUAGUUUUCAGUUUUAUCUCCAAAUAGUCCAACUUGUUUUUCUUCCGUUAGAAAAUCCGCUACGUUAGGAAAUCCUCUACUCCUCUGAUCUGGUUCUAACGGAUCAGAGGCACAUUUGUAGUGAACUUAUUACUCAUGCAGACUUUGACUUAGAUCAUCUUACUGUAACAUUCAGAAUUUCCAAUGGAAUAAUAGUUAAUUCGAUGAUCAUGGAGCUAAUUGGUUUGAACACAAAUUUUACCUUGAAAACCAUGUGAAUCAUGAAAUUGAUUUGAACUAAUUCCGCUGACAUCGAUGAAGCAAUCGAUCAUUUGAAUCAUUACGUAAUCGAAGCUAGCAAUUUUUCAUUUCACAAAGCUCAAACUAAAUUUAAUUCUCCUAUCAUCGAUGACAAUCUUCAGCUGUUCAUUCGUUUGAAGAAUAUUCGCCAGAUACCAGAAUUGUCUCUCGGUUUUGUUCAAUGCUUAAAACAUAUUUUGCUGUAUCUAGUUCUGAGCAGCUUGUUUUUCGGUGUUCUUAUACUGUAAUUGUUAACCUGUAAAAUAAAACUGCUUCUGCGUGAACUUUAAAGUUCGUUAACGUUUCUGUUCAUUGUGUAGAGUUGUUUAAAGCAUUAUAAGCAUUCCCACCCAUUUACACUCGUCCAUGUUUAGCAUACCUGACGUGACGUGAGUCGCUAAUUAUCUGGAAACUUUAGUCAGUAUAAUGUAUGUGUAAAAGCCAAACCGGAAUCGAAACGGAUCCAAAACACACAUUUGAAACAUUGCUCACAGUUGUUAGGAAAAAAAGAAAAACAAAACCGAAUGGGAACGUGCACCCAUGGUACCUGGGUGGCACAGAAGUUUUCCUUCACCCAAAAAGUAGUCCCAAAAGAAGAGAAUAAGUUAAAGGAUAGAAGUUCGAACAUUAGGAAAACAAUCCAAAUUGACUAGAUCCUAUGGCAUGUACUCUUCGAACAAGAUCCUAAUUCAUCUAUUAAGAAAUCGUUAGAGUUAGGAAAUCAGCAUUAGCAAUGUAGAGUUAUGGUAGUAGUUGGUAUUUUUGAGACUGCCACUGGAUCCCGUAAAUCGCGUUACCAAACUGAAUUUCCUAGGUGAUCAGGAAAACUGGGUAGAUUGAUUGACCUUACCGUGCGGUUAGUUAGUUUCGAUUUUUUUAAAGCAUCGUUUUUUUUAAGUUGAGCUGCAGGCAAUCAGUGAAUUGUGUAAAAUGUUUCCAACAAUGAACUUUUGGAAAUUAUUUGUUCUAUUCUUUCAUACCGGCUUUUCCAUUAUUUAUAAUCACGAACUCUGUUAUGCUCUCAUUUUCCAAUUUUUUCUAUUAAACUGUGCAGCGAGCCAAUAGUAGACACUCGAAUUUUAGAAAAAGGUAAAAAAAACGAAACGUUGUAAGAUCAGAACAUUAUUGAGUUUUUGAUUAUGAAAAAUUGUAAAGCCGAUACCCAAGCAAUCAAAAGUUCGGAUAAAAUAAAUGACUUGGCUUAAGUAGCUUACAAACUUCAUGAAUAGUACUCCAAACAGCUCAUUUUGAGUAGUUAUUCAUACUUGAAAGUUCGCGCGACACUACCGACCGAACUUCUAAGCAGUUUCAUUGUAUAGCUUCUAUGCAUCACAUUGGGUAGCUUCUGGAAUUUCCCGCUGUGUCUUGGAGCCUUGGAUGGAAAGCAUGUGACAAUUCAAGUCCCUGCCAAUAGUAAGUUUGAGUCAACGCAUGCUUUGACCGUGCUUCGGACGUGUGUUGAUUCAGAUACGGAUACGACACGGUCUAGUGAGAAUAUUCACAUGGAGCUGCAUUAAAAAAAUUUGAAGCGUAACCCGGACGGGAUCCGGUCCAGCCCAGUUCUGGAUACAUCACGGCCUAGUGUGAAUAGCGCUUUAUCCGGCUCAGUACCGACACUGAACCGGAUCGGACAGAUUUGAAUAGACCUUAAGGAUGAAUAGGAAACCUGUGGUCAGGUCUUUUCAUAGGAAGUUAUAAAAAUCAACCAAUCAGGAAUAUUCUGAUUUAGAAUUGUAACAAAACCAGCAUGUCACCCUCUUCUAACUGACAGAAAGAGUUGUUCAUGUGAUUCUGCAAAUUCUGAACGAAGUUUCGGAAUGAAUGGAAGUAUGUUAACUAAUUUAGUUGCAACAUUGAAACUUUUGUAGUGAAAAAUAAUGCAAUCUGUUGAUUCAACAGGAUGGGAUGUUUUUUUUUCUUGGCUAUCAAAAAUGUUUUGUUUAUUUGCGCGGAAUUAAAGUCAAUCAAUCACACCAAACUCGACUGUUUUAAGUUUUAUGUUUCAUAAAAUAUUUUAUAAUUACCUAACUAAUCGGCUUUACAAUUUAGCCUAUGCUCAUUCAAACUCAUAUUUAUAGUAAGCUAUUGUAUGCAACAUUGUGUACAAUAAACGUUACUCAUUUUAUGUUACGUUUAAUGUUUGCGUUCGUAGAAUGCCAUAAAACAGUACGCUGAAGUGUGUCUCCAAUCAUUUACCAUAAACGUUCAUCCGGCCAAUAUUCGUUGUGAAUGUGAAAAUUUAACGUUAUGUAAUGCUCCUCGCUGGUUUGAGUUCGAGAUGUAACGCAAGAAACCGCUCGAAUUUGUUGCCUCGUGAAGUAAGCAGUUUCAGCUAUUUUUAAUAGAAUACAAAAUCAGAAAUGUUUACCCAGGAUUUUCGUGGCAUUAUAUUAAAUAUGGUUAUAAACUACUGAUUCAAAACAUGGUUUUGAUUAAGGUGUUAAUUUCGAACCGCAUAAGCAAAGUAAUUAUUAUUCUGCAGACAAUAAUAAAAAUAAUUAAAUGUAAUACGAUACUAGUAAAAAACUAAACCUUAACAUUAGAACAUUAUAAACAAAUCAACAAAGGGUAAAUCGCAAAGAGUGACUAAAGGAACAUAGUAAAUGUUUGCCGGAGUAAAUAUUCAUUUUAUUGAAAGAAAUUUUAUACAUGGGACACAUUCCGAAUGUUGCUUAGUUGUUGUUAAAAUAUUUUCGGUUUGAUAAUUCAAUGAUUGAUUGUCCCUAAAAAAAAGAUAAAGAGAAAAAAUACAACCACUUUAUAGAAUAUAGUCUAAUAAUAUAAGGAUGUAAUUGUAACUGACUAGUGAAACAGAAAAUAUCUUCUAAAAGCAAAGUAGUUUUAUAAACCAAUAAGUGAUAAGUGUAAAAUAAAGUCGCAAGAUUAAAUGUGAACAUGGAUUGAUCCAUAGACAAGCAACAGCAUGUGUAAAAGCGAAUUUAGUAUAGCAUGGACACAAGCGCAGCAUAUUUAGUACAUUUGAAUUGAAAACAGGGUGAUUUGAAUAAAAAAAAUAAAACUCGAUCGGAAAUUAUCGAAACAAUUUGAACUUACGGUACUGAUCUCAGCAACAGCAAAUUGGCAACUAAAUUAAAACAUUUCACGCUGUGUUCCCGGUCGCGAUGACUCUUUUGUAUGAAUUUGUGCUGUUGAAGGACGAACGCUGCAGGAUCUUAGCAAGCGAGAUUGAUACACUGAAUCCAAUAGCAAAUCCAAAGAUUUGGUUCUUGGUUUGACAAACAAACAAAAAAGAAGCAAAAAAAAAAAACAAAUAAACAAAACCCACUACCGACAGUUUACUGAAUUUAUAUAAGUGUUAUGUUAAGAGUAUAAGCUAAACAAUAUAGACAACAUACAACCAAAUAAACGCACAUUACGAUGUAUCAGUCACCGGGCGAAUGCAUCGCAUGAACCAGUUUUAUGGAGUGAAUCGAUACUUUUCAUAAAGUUUGUAUACUUAGAAGAUGUAACGACAAAUUUAGCAGAUUCGAUCGAUUAUCUGGAAACUGUAUAAAAAGGUUUUUAGCGAAAUCGAAAUAUACAUGCAUACUAUAGGCAAUGUAAGGUCGAUGAAAAUGAGAGAAUCAAAUAUUUAUACACAUAAAUCCAUAAGAAAUACAAGCGAAUUGAAACACAUAGACAUAUUUCUGUUGAAUUGUAUUUACUUUUUGAUAUACAAACAAAGGAGAUGAAUAAUUAGAGGAAGUGAGGUUAUCGUAUGCAAUGGAGAACUCAAAUCGAGGAAAUAUGAAUAAAUUUGACCACGUCACUACCCCCAUAGAUGUAAUUGAUCAAAAACAAACUAGAUAUCAGCGGAUUGUGAAAAUACAAAUCAUAUUGCAUAGAAUCAUCGGUUUGUUAAUAUGUAAUACUCAAAUUGCUAAACCUUCAAAAUGAACUGUUAGGUGAGAAGUAGUUGCAUUGCGUUAAUUGCCCCAAAGUAAAGAACAAUGUUAACUGACCCACACAAGUUAAUGACAGAUAUAAUGAUAAACGGCUGAAAAGGAAAGAUUAGUAUCGAAAAUUUGCGGAAAAUCACUCUAAAUUUUGAACUAACUCAGACAAAUAAACCGAUCUAAUCCGAAAUCAUAUUUUUCCCAAACACGCUAAAUCUUGUUUCGGUUCAAACAAAGUUAAGAGUGAUUUUCCCUUUAUCCGGCAAAGCAUGAUUAACAUUUGUAGCUAUUGAGAGCAGUAUCCUGGAAAUGAUGUUUUGAAAAGGUUUGAUUUUAUACAAAGCUAAUCAACAGAUAUAAAGUUCUGAGGCUCUCGAGUCAUGUCCAUCGAUUGUAAUGAACUUCUGAUAAAUGCUAAUUCUACUUUUGUAAUUAUUUUUUUCACAAUUUUUCGUAUCAUUCGAAAUUGAUGAAACACGGGCAUAUUAUCUCCUCUAUAACCGAUCACUUUGGCAGCAGUAGACAACUACUUCUCUACUGAUAGGCAUCGUACACUGGGCAACGAUUUAUUGACAAAAUAAAAAUGCAAAUCGUAGUCGCAAACAAAGCAACAAAAAAACCUAAAACUGACAAAACACUGAUCAACUCCACCAUUCCACUUGAGGAAGAAUCAAACAUUUCAAGUAUUGAAUAGCAUCAAAUUAACAACAGCAAGCAUCGGUAAAAUAAAAAAAAAUUAUCAGAAUCUCUCAAUGUCUCGCAAAUUUGUACAGCGAACAACACGAGGAAAAGUAAGAAAACAUAACACUAGAGAAAGUAAGAAAAUCAGCAAAAAUGAAACUCACAUAUUUAGAUGGAUGUUUAGAUAUUCAAUAUUUCGAGAAAACUCUUACUUUUUACAAACUACACCAGCAACAAAAUGAAGAGAAAAAAAAUCAUAUUCCAUUACUUCAGCCACAUUGUAGUAGAUCAGACAUACUUAGUGAACUAAAAAGCGGAAUAAAGAAUGGUUGUUUCUUUUCUAUACAUGUAUAAAUAUUUUGUGUGCGACCGUCAAGUUCGGUAUAACCUAUUUUUCAAGCAAAUAAAAAAACAAACAAAAAAAAAAUGGAUAAACGAUCAGUGAGAACGACAAAGCACAACACUUGAAUGAUUGAAGCAAAAAAAAACAACAACACUAAGUCACACAUGCAUACACACUCACACACAAAACGUUAUGUAUUAAGCCAAGCCUAAGUAUCCUAAGAACAAGAGAAUUGAGAUUAUCGUACAGUAUUUGUCGACUUUCUUUUCAUACAAGACAUGUUUGCAUUGCGAGGAUGUCGAAAGACCUUUACAAUAUUUGUGGAAGAAAGGCUAGAAAUUUACACAGAG